GUAAGCUUUUUGAGUCCAUUUUUUCAUUGAAUGCGAUCUAUAGUUAAUAGAUAUAUAGUUGAAUUUUUUUGUAAAUAAGAUAUCCCCUAUUAGCUCCCAACAAUUGUCAAAGAUUUAGUGAUUUUUUUGAUCUCAGAUGCUCAUUUGAACUCUUACAUUCUAAUUCUUCAACACUAAUCCUUUUUGUUAUUCAUCCUUUUAUUAUUCACUUUAUCAAUUAUCCCACUUCUAUAUACCUUUCAACAAAAAAUUGUACUUAAUAUCCGGAAGAGCUAUGAAAAAACAUGAGAACCGCCUCCUCAAAUGUCUGAAAGGGAUAUAAAUCCAAUUGAUAUUCUCAUCAAAACAUUCAUUCAUUCUCUGCAAACCUCCCUGCAAGGGAACAUGCUCUUUUCAACUCUGAAAUUUGCAAUUCAACUUUUUUCGUUCAUUUGCUCCUUAUUUUUCAACAUAAUUUUGAUCUAUCUCAUCCUGACAAAAUCUCCAAAAAAAAUGGGGACAUAUAAGUAUUUGUUAGUAUAUUUCUGCUGUUUCUCUAUGUUGUAUUCAAUACUUGAUAUUAUUGUGGGACCGGUUAUCCAUAGCCAUGGCUCUUCGUUUUUCAUGAUGAUGAAAUUAGGAAUUUUGAAGAAUCAUCCAGAAGUUGGAUUUUUAUUAGUUUCUCUGCUAUGUGGCUGUUUUGCUGUAUCAAUAACCACUAUAAGCAUACAAUUUGUUUUCAGAUAUUUCGCAAUGGAAAGAAAAGGACGGAUAUCAUAUUUCCGCGGAAAAUACUUGAUUAUUUGGUUCCUAGUCCCACUGAUCUCUGGAACAAUUUGGAUUCUUCAAGAUUGGGUUUUCCUACAUCCAAAUGCAAAAAUGGGCGAAUAUAUAAAUGAAACAGUAUUUAUUAAUUACGGUGUCAACGUCACCGAUAUAACCUAUUGUGGUACAUUUUUCUAUCCGAAAAACGAUCAAGGAGUGCCAAGUCUAGAUUAUUUUCAAUUUUUCGGGUUUUUGGGGUUUUGUGUGAUUAUGGGUACCACAUUUCUAAUCGUUGUGAUAUUUGGUAUAAAAAGCUACAAACUGGUCCGUGAACUUCCGAAACAUGGAGAAUCAGAGUACACCUACAAACUGCAAUCGCAACUUUUCAAGGCCUUGGUGGUACAGGCUUUCAUUCCAAUAACAUUCCUAUUUAUCCCAAUUGGCCUCGUCUUCAUAGCACCUCUCCUACAUUUUGAUAUCGAACCGGCUAGUUUCUUGGUCACUAUAUUUUUUUCAAUAUAUCCAGCAGUUGAUCCACUUCCUAUUUUGCUCAUUGUAGCGGAGUAUCGAGAGGGAUUGUCAGAGCUUAUCUACAAAACAAUUGGAAAACGAAGCAUCCAAAUUAGUUCCUACACCGAUCCCCAAAUAACUUCAAUUUCUUAAUUGUUUUAUCGAUAUUUUUAUUAUUUUUGUCAUAAAUAGGCUUUUUACAUAUUACAAUAUUUUUUGAAACAUUAAUUUUCAGUGUUUAUUUGAUAAGUAAAACAAUUAAAUACAAAUGAAUUUAAUGUU